GCCGCCCUUCCCGGGGACCCGACUGCCUGCUCCCACGCAGACCUCGCCGCCUCCCAGCAGCAGCAACUUUUAUUAACGAGAAAUUGAAGGUUAUCGGAAAAGGCUUUCAAGAUGUAGACAACACAGAGGAAGUUAUUUGUCAAUUCAGAUUUGGUAACAAGAAAUCCCGGGUCUGCGAUGGCUCAAUACACAGAGCAGAUAACUGGAAUGUCCCUCAUUCACAAAGGACACUGGCCUGCUUUCACAGCCUUCUUCUAGAUCCUUCUAUCCCUUGGGUGAGCCCAGUGUCCCCACAAAUAAACUUAGAGCCCUCCUGUCUCCACCUCCCCACACUCAGUGAUGUCUGUGUGUAGGCCCCUCAGCUGCCCUCUGUCAGUUUACCAAAGGGCUGGGUUUCCUUGAAACUGUAAAGACUCCCUGGGAGGGUUUGGGAUAAGGGACAAAUGGAGGCCUCAUCUUACUACCCCUUCAAACUCCUGCCUGGGGUUGCCCACAGGGAGAACACUGGGCAGAGCUGCAGUUCACAAGGUCACCAGGGCAACCUAUUGUCCAUCAUAAUGGACCUAUGUCAGCAGGACGGGGUGAAGGUGCAUAAGUAGCAGGGCCAUCACCCCACAGCCAACCACUUGCUACUUGGACCCACAGGGCAGGUAUCAGGUGGCUGCUUGCAGGUGCAAGGUAUACUGAUUGAAGUGUGAGUAGAGCUGAGGUUGGGAGCGCCGAGGACCCUGAGCACGCGAGGAAGCAGAGGAGGUGUUAGCUUGAGGAGGCCUGCAGUUUACGGGGCCCGCCUGGGUCCCCGGGGACUGGGCUGAGGCAAGAACAGCGGCCCCAGGAUGCUGGGCCCCAUGCUCGUCGUCUUCCUGCUGCUGCUGCCGCCGUCUCCGCUCCGGACCACCAGGAGCACCCUCCACCGCUACCCCACCCAGGACCAAGGUCACGACCCCAGCUCCAGGCUCCAGGAGAGCCCAGCAGAUGGGGACUCCUGCUGGAGCACUUACGACGUGUACUUCGUCCUAGACUCAUCUCGCAGUGUAAUCAACUGGAUGUUCAUACAGAGCAUUCUGAGGGAUUUGGUGAACAGAUUUAAAAACCCUGAACAGCGCAUGUCAUUCAUUACGUACUCGACGGACGGCCACGUCAAUAUGCAGCUGACCUCAGACAGAAAUAAAAUAAACACUGCCCUUGUCGAUCUGUUGAAUGUGAUAACUUCAGGAGCCAUAAAUAUGCAGCAUGGAUUGAAAAAGGCGAAUGAGCAGAUCGAAAGGACACGCGCUGCAGGAGAGAGGGUCCCCAGCCUCAUCAUCGCGCUGACAGGUGGACCACUGCUGCCAGAAUCCCUUGCGGAGACAAAAGUUGAAGCUGAAAAAUCCAGGCAGUUGGGGGCAACUCUGUAUUUAGUAGGUGUACAAGAUUACCAGAAAUACCAGCUCCUGGAAAUUGCUGGCGAAGAGGGUCAUGUGUUUGGUGUGGACACUGGAUACGGCGGAUUGGAAGACAUCAUCGACCCCCUCAUAGCCCGGUCUUGUGUAGAGAUCACGUCUGUGGAUUUCUCCUCUCUCUGCACUAGAGGGAAAGAGAUCGUCAAGGUUAUUGGAAAAGGUUUUCAGGGCGUCCGCAAGGAUGACGUUGUCUGUCAGUUUCGCACUGGGAAGGAAACCAUCCGAAUGAAGGCUGUAUCGGUGGAAGAUACCUCCAUUACCUGCCCAGGACUGAAGAUGAGUAAUCGGGACUGGGCCGUCUUCAUCGAUGUCAGCCUGGAUAAUGGCCUCACCUUCAUCGAGACGGAUUUAGAUGUCAGCAGGAGGAGCUGCGUGACGCCCAGGGAGGGGACCCCACCUGCCCUACUGGAUGCCACACCACCGCCUGCCCAAAAAAGAGCCCUUCCAGAUGGGGGACCAGAAGACAAACAGGAUACUCAGCCAAAUGGAGGGCCUCCCAGAGGGGUGUUCCUCAGUUUACACUCUCUCUACUGGGCUGUGCCCCUCCUGACGCUGCCCUUUCUCCUGGUGCUGUGCUGCUGUAUCUGGCGAUGGCGCAGUAAAAGUAGCCCAGCGCCACUGGCCCAGAAGUGCCCCUCGGUCGUUGUACCGUGCUGCAGGAAUCCUGAUAAAGAGAAGAUAAGGGAACCAGAGAGGUGUGAUUCUGCCGUCCCCCUAAUGAUGCCCCAUUGUGAGUCCUUGUCCUGCGGCACAUGGAUCUACCACCGACCCAGCUGCCAUUGCUCCCACUUCAGCAGAACCUGCUCAUGGUGCCGGGCUGCCCAACCCAUUUGCUGCCAGCGGAAUGAUGCCAUUCGUACCUGCUACAACCUGGAUGCUCUGGAAAGCAGCUGUGAAAGUCUCAGCCCGUAACACGAUCUCUACGGCACCCAAAUCCCCAUACUGUUUUUUUUAAAUUUUGGUAUGAUUAAUAUACACUUACAUGAGCAA